AUGACUCUAUCUCAGCGUCUUUUGGUCGAUGAUGCUCAUAGGGUGACUCGUGAUGAAGAUGCUGAUCGUGUUGAAGUCGGGAGCAGUGAUGUGAGCGGAAGCGAGGAUAGAGGGAGAGAUCAAGGCGAUACCGCGACUGGCUCCGAACGUGGCGACACUGAUGAGUCUGAUCGGUCUCCGACUCCUUCGAGACAGGUCCGCGAGAGAGUUUGUUUCGACCAGAUAGACUGUCGCCCAACUGUUUACCAUCCUGGUGGGAUCUUCGAAGAGCUUGCUCCGCUGCCACCCGGAAUGCUACGGGACCCGCGGGCUCAGUCGUGGGGGAACGUGUUUGGAUCUUCUGCUUCUCAUCAUACCGUGAGGGAUCUGUUAAGGGCGAGCGGUGGUGCCGGCGUUACUUACAUCAUCCCGUCUGCCAAGCAGUGUCCCUGGUCGCCUCCGGUCGGUUACCAAUGUGUGUAUGAGUCCUAUUUUGGGGAUCAUACGAAGCUAUGGUUCCUGAUUCCCCGGUUAGUGAUGUCCUACGCAUUCCGCCGAGACUUCGCCAUCUCUCAACUUUUGAACGGGUCGCUGCGAAUAGCCAUCAUGCUAAUGGUAAUGGCAGCUGAGAUGGACAUCUCGAUGAGCGUGAGGGUCUUCGAGGGGUUGACUUUCACGAAGGCGGAGCCGAACGGAAUCUUCUCGGUGAAAAUGUGUUCGAACUACAAUGUCUUGACCGGUCAUCCAAAUAAGACGCAUGAUUGGCAACGCGCGUAUUUCUUCGUGGAGUCUGCUGAACAUGCUUUCGAAGAGCCGUCGGGGGACGACUACCGCGUUCUGUGGAACCGGCAACUCGUUCGUCAUCCGAAUACGAUCGCCUAUCCCGAGAAGUUUUUCGAAAGUGCUCAAGCGAUCGCGGCGCAUAGUCAUCUUCGUUGGCCGGAUCUUAGUCGGGAGUGGAUACGUCGCCAGCAAGCUAGGAUCGCUAGAGUUGAUUGGGGGUCAAGGCUUCCUUGCGUUCUCGGUCCCCGUAAAUCGCGCCUCCCUUUGUUUACUCGCAAACAACAGAAACUUCUCGACAAAGCCAGAGAAAUGGACGGGGUUCCGGAUCUAAGCGCUCUGUGGUGGAACCUCCCCAGAAGGGGCCUCCAGAGAAGGAGCCUCCAGAGAGGAGGGCCCUAUUGCAACCGAUCAGGGGGGACGGCAGAGACUUCUGCUUCUAGUCCCAAGAAGAAGAAAAAGACCAAAAGGACUAAGGUGAGAGCGACUGACGAGGUUCCUCCCAAAGAGUCUGCUCCCCUUGAUGCGACUUCCGAAGGUUCGAAGUCCAAAAAGAAGAUGGAUGGGAGAAAAAGGUCUCGUGGCGGGGCAGAAGGGCAAGAGGCCGUUUUAGUCAGGGCGACAUCAGAUGGUCACCCGAGGAAGAGGACUAAGAGGUCUGUUGAGGCAGAGCCCCGUCCUUCUACCUCCGACGCGAAUGCUGCUGACGUGGCCAUAGUUGACACUGUUGGGGAGGCCAGUGGUACUCCUGGAAAACUGUCAGAGGAAAGGAGGAAAACCUGCUCGCGAGAAGGAGGUUCUGGUGGUGAGCUCGCGAGGUCUACUCCAGACUCUUCUGCGAGAAAAAGGUCUGGAUCUGAAAGUUCCGUAGCGAAGAGAAAGAGGAUUGAAUUCCCUGAUCACGUCGAGUUCUCUUACAACGAGACGACUCCCCUGAUCCUUAAUCCCCUUAGGUGCGCGGAGCUGACGCGUCAUAUUCGUGGUGGGACGAAGGAGAUGCCGCAACUGGAAGACCUUUACUUCAGGAAUGAAUACAUCGAUGUUGCUUCCUCGAGAGCGCGGAGUGACGGAAGCAUGAACUUCCUUGUCGAGAAAUACGACAGCGCCCUGAAGCAGACGAUGAUCCAGUUGGGAUCUUCGGAGAAGCUCGCUCAAGCAAGAUUGAAGGCCAUUGAGAGGGUAAGGGCCGAGCAUAAGAAGGCUAACGAGAAGGCUGCGAAGGAGAAAGAAGUUCUUCGGGUGAGGUUCGAAGAGCUGGAGGGUAAGCUCAAAUCCGCCUGCACAGCCAAGAAAGAGUUUGCCCGAGAGAACACUCGCCUGGAGCAAGCGACUGCGAUCCUUGAAAAGGAGAAGACUGAGGUGCUUGAGGAAAGGAACGCUGCGGUUGAGAAAUUGAUCAGGGAGAGGCAACGCUUGAGAGACUUCCGGGGACUCGAGGUUACUCGUGAGAGGGAAAGGGUCAAAGCUGCUAUGACCGAGAAGGCAAACCGCUGCUUUGGUCACGUGCGCGACCAUUUAACUCGCUUGGAUGCCUUUGGGAAAGCGAAGAAUCUGUACGGUCAAGCUUCGGGGACGAGGAAGUGCCUCGAGAUGAUAAAGGCAAGUGGGACGGAGAUUCCACAAGAAAUGAUCGACGUUUUUGCCGAGCAGGAGAAACUCUACGAGGCGGAGGCUACGAGAUUCUGUGUAGGUCUGCUGUCUGAUAUCGACCUCACUCUUUCUCUGCUGGUUCUCCCUUCUCGUUUCGUCGAGGACAGGUAUAGAGCGUCGUUUGAUCCUUAUGGAUCGAACGUAGAUUUGUUCGGACCAGGGACGGUUUCUCAGCUCAUCACCUCGCUAUAA